UUUGACGCUGCCGCCCCUGGCAGUCGGAAGUUGCCUGAGCAGAGCCCAGCCGGCCGGCCCGAGUGGCCUUCGUCGACCCGGGCGCCCUGGGAGAGUCGCUGACGGGUGGACGGAGCGACCGCCUGAGGACAGCCGGCCGGGGCAGCGAAAGCGCCGGGCCUAUGGCGCGGGUGGCGUGAGGCGGAAGGCCGAGUGCGGCCGGCGGCGGCGGCGGCGGCGGCGGCGGCGCCCGCCCCAGCAAUGCGGGCCCCGCCCGUCGCCUCAGGUGAGGAAACUAUGACAAAGAAAUGCCAAGUGACUUGUCCAAGGUCAUAUGGUGAGGUACGGAGUCAGAACAAAAGAAGGAGCAUUGGACUUCGAGGCAAGAGGUGCCAUUUGGAUAGUCCUUUAGCGGCACGAUGUACUCUGAGUGGAGGUCGCUGCAUUUGGUGAUUCAGAAUGAUCAGGGCCACACCAGUGUGCUACACAGCUAUCCAGAGAGCGUUGGGCGAGAGGUGGCCAAUGCGGUGGUUCAUCCUCUUGGGCAGGCCUUAGGUACCCUUUCAGCGGCUGGUAGUGAGAGUUUGUUGAAAACUGACAAAGAAGUAAAAUGGACCAUGGAAGUAAUUUGCUAUGGACUGACCCUUCCAUUGGACGGAGAGACUGUAAAAUAUUGUGUUGAUGUAUAUACUGACUGGAUUAUGGCUUUAGUGUUGCCGAAAGAUUCUAUUCCAUUGCCAGUUAUUAAAGAGCCUAAUCUAUAUGUUCAAAGUAUACUAAAACACCUGCAGAAUCUUUUUGUACCAAGACAGGAACAGGGCUCCAGUCAGAUCCGACUAUGCUUACAGGUCCUGAGAGCCAUUCAGAAACUGGCCCGUGAGUCAUCCAUUAUGGCCCGAGAAACCUGGGAAGUCUUACUGUUGUUUCUUCUGCAGAUUAAUGACAUACUUCUAGCACCACCAACCGUUCCAGGUGGCAUUGCUGAGAAUCUAGCAGAGAAGUUGAUUGGUGUUCUCUUUGAGGUUUGGUUACUAGCUUGUACUCGGUGCUUCCCAACACCUCCCUACUGGAAAACAGCCAAGGAGAUGGUGGCUAACUGGAGGCACCACCCGGCAGUGGUGGAGCAGUGGAGCAAGGUCAUCUGUGCGCUCACUUCAAGAUUGCUACGCUUUACAUAUGGUCCUUCAUUUCCUCCAUUUAAAGUUCCCGAUGAAGAUGCCAGUCUGAUCCCUCCUGAAAUGGAUAAUGAGUGUGUUGCACAGACAUGGUUUCGCUUUUUACAUAUGUUAAGUAAUCCCGUGGAUUUGAGUAACCCAGCCAUUAUAAGCUCUACUCCCAAAUUUCAGGAACAGUUCUUAAAUGUGAGCGGAAUGCCGCAAGAAUUGAAUCAGUAUCCCUGCCUUAAACAUCUGCCUCAAAUAUUUUUUCGUGCCAUGCGUGGAAUCAGCUGUCUGGUGGAUGCAUUCUUAGGCAUUUCUAGACCCCGAUCAGACAGUGCUCCUCCAACACCCGUGAAUAGAUUGAGUAUGCCUCAAAGCACUGCUGUUAAUACCACCCCACCACAUAACCGGAGGCACCGGGCUGUUACUGUGAAUAAGGCCACCAUGAAGACAAGCACAGUUAGUACUGCUCACGCCUCAAAAGUUCAGCACCAGACAUCCUCCACCUCUCCUCUGUCAAGUCCAAAUCAGACUAGUUCAGAACCCCGGCCACUGCCUGCCCCACAGAGACCAAAGGUUAACAGCAUCUUGAAUCUCUUUGGAUCAUGGUUAUUUGAUGCAGCAUUUGUUCACUGUAAACUUCAUAAUGGGAUAAACAGAGACAGCAGCAUGACUGCAUCUUUUAUCCAAAUUCUUCUUUCUUAUAAAUCUUCCAUUACAACACAAGCUAGCAUGGAGUUUCGACGGAAAGGGUCACAAAUGUCCACAGACACCAUGGUUUCCAAUCCUAUGUUUGAUGCAAGUGAAUUUCCUGAUAACUAUGAAGCAGGAAGAGCUGAGGCUUGUGGGACACUGUGUAGGAUUUUUUGUAGCAAGAAGACUGGAGAAGAGAUUCUGCCAGCUUAUUUAUCCAGAUUUUACAUGCUUUUAAUUCAAGGUUUGCAGAUAAAUGAUUAUGUGUGCCAUCCUGUCUUGGCCAGCGUUAUUCUAAACUCCCCUCCUUUGUUCUGCUGUGACUUGAAAGGGAUUGAUGUUGUGGUUCCUUACUUUAUUUCAGCUCUUGAAACCAUUUUGCCUGACAGAGAACUCUCAAAAUUCAAAAGCUAUGUAAAUCCAACAGAAUUAAGAAGAUCUUCCAUUAAUAUCCUGCUUUCUUUGUUGCCCCUCCCACAUCACUUUGGCACAGUCAAAUCCGAGGUGGUCCUGGAAGGAAAAUUUAGUAAUGAUGACAGCUCUUCUUAUGAUAAACCAAUAACUUUUUUGUCACUGAAGUUGAGACUUGUGAAUAUACUAAUAGGUGCCUUGCAAACGGAGACAGACCCCAACAACACUCAAAUGAUACUAGGGGCAAUGUUAAAUAUUGUUCAAGAUUCAGCACUUUUAGAAGCCAUUGGUUGCCAGAUGGAGAUGGGUGGUGGAGAAAAUAACUUGAAGAGUCAUAGUCGCACGAAUAGUGGCAUUAGUUCAGCAAGUGGUGGAAGCACGGAGCCCACAACUCCUGACAGUGAAAGACCUGCUCAGGCUCUCCUAAGAGAUUAUGGAUCGACAGCUCUUAAUACAGAUUCAGCUGCCGGGCUCCUGAUUCGCAGCAUUCAUCUCGUCACCCAAAGACUCAAUUCCCAGUGGCGGCAAGACAUGAGCAUAUCACUGGCAGCUCUAGAGCUCCUCUCUGGCCUGGCGAAGGUGAAGGUGAUGGUUGACUCAGGUGACCGGAAGCGAGCCAUCAGUUCCGUGUGCAGCUACAUUGUGUACCAGUGUAGUCGGCCAGCUCCUCUUCACUCCCGGGAUCUUCACUCCAUGAUCGUGGCAGCUUUUCAGUGUCUCUGUGUCUGGCUGACAGAGCACCCUGAUAUGCUUGAUGAAAAGGACUGUCUUAAGGAAGUGCUGGAGAUUGUGGAACUGGGUAUUUCAGGAAGCAAGUCCAAGAACAGUGAGCAAGAGGUCAAGUACAAAGGAGAUAAGGAGCCAAACCCUGCAUCUAUGAGGGUAAAGGAUGCUGCUGAAGCCACCCUAACAUGUAUUAUGCAGUUGCUUGGCGCAUUUCCUUCACCCAGUGGUCCUGCCUCUCCUUGUAGUCUGGUGAAUGAGACCACUUUGAUUAAAUACUCCAGACUGCCAACCAUAAACAAGCAUAGUUUCCGGUACUUUGUCUUGGAUAACAGUGUCAUCCUGGCAAUGCUGGAGCAACCUCUUGGAAAUGAACAGAAUGAUUUUUUCCCCUCUGUCACUGUGCUGGUCCGGGGAAUGUCUGGAAGACUUGCUUGGGCACAACAACUUUGCCUUUUACCCAGAGGAGCAAAAGCAAAUCAGAAGCUUUUUGUGCCUGAACCUCGUCCAGUUCCUAAAAAUGAUGUUGGAUUUAAAUAUACUGUGAAACAUCGACCAUUUCCUGAAGAGGUGGACAAGAUUCCUUUUGUGAAAGCAGAUCUGAGCAUUCCAGAUUUGCAUGAAAUCGUCACUGAAGAAUUAGAAGAGAGACAUGAAAAAUUAAGGAAUGGCAUGGCCCAGCAGAUUGCUUAUGAAAUACACCUUGAACAACAAAGUGAGGAGGAAUUGCAGAAGAGAAGUUUUCCUGAUCCGAUUACAGAUUGUAAGCCCCCACCUCCUGCCCAGGAAUUCCAAACAGCACGCCUUUUCCUUUCACACUUUGGAUUUUUGUCCUUAGAAGCAUUGAAGGAACCUGCAAAUAGUCGUCUACCUCCUCACCUUAUUGCACUUGACUCCAUGAUACCUGGAUUUUUUGAUGACAUUGGGUAUCUGGAUCUCUUGCCAUGUCGUCCCUUCGACACAGUUUUUAUUUUCUAUAUGAAGCCAGGUCAGAAAACAAACCAGGAGAUUUUAAAGAAUGUGGAGUCUUCCAGAAAUGUUCAGCCACAUUUCCUAGAAUUUUUGCUCUCCCUUGGCUGGGCGGUAGAUGUGGGCAGACACCCUGGCUGGACUGGGCAUGUUUCCACCAGUUGGUCUAUUAACAGUUGCGAUGAUGGUGAAGGACCUGAACAAGAUGAAGUGAUUUCCUCUGAAGAUGCUGGGGCUAGCAUUUUCAACGGACAGAAGAAGGUGCUGUAUUAUGCUGAUGCCCUUACGGAAAUAGCUUUUGUGGUUCCUUCUUCUGUGGAGUCCUUAACUGAUUCGUUGGAAAGUAACAUCUCAGACCAAGAUAGUGAUUCAAAUAUGGAUCUUAUGCCAGGAAUUCUGAAACAGCCAUCCCUGACGCUUGAGCUUUUCCCUAAUCACACAGACAAUCUUAAUUCCUCACAGAGGCUCAGUCCCAGUUCCAGAAUGAAGAAGCUGCCUCAGGGGCGCCCUGUGCCUCCCCUUGGACCUGAGACAAGAGUUUCUGUAGUCUGGGUGGAACGCUAUGAUGAUAUAGAAAACUUUCCCCUCUCAGACCUGAUGACAGAAAUCAGUACUGGUGUGGAAACUACUGCAAAUAGUAGCACUUCUCUGAGAUCUACUGCUCUUGAAAAAGAAGUUCCUGUCAUCUUCAUCCACCCUUUAAACACUGGAUUAUUCCGGAUUAAAAUUCAAGGAGCCACUGGAAAAUUUAACAUGGUCAUCCCUCUUGUGGAUGGGAUGAUUGUCAGUAGGCGAGCACUCGGUUUUCUGGUGAGGCAGACUGUAAUUAACAUUUGUAGAAGAAAGAGACUGGAAAGUGACUCCUACAGUCCACCACAUGUCCGCCGGAAACAGAAGAUCACCGACAUUGUCAACAAGUACCGGAACAAGCAGUUGGAGCCAGAGUUUUAUACUUCACUUUUUCAGGAGGUUGGACUCAAGAACUGUAGUUCUUAGACCACUGUCUGUCUAGGACUAUUGAACUCUAGUUUGGAGCUAUAAUAUCAAAGCAAAACAAUUUGAUAGGUGAUCACUGUAACAAUAAAACAAAUCACUCCCCAAGAGCUUACUGUUUAAUCACCAGAAUAGAAGAGACACAUUAUAAACCCAUCUGAGAGAAGACUUUUCGGCUUUUUAGUGAAAUGGGCUCCCAGACACAAUCAUAUUCCUGCUGGUAAUGAUGAUAUACGUUUUAGCCAUAAACUUUCUUUUAAAAGUGGCAAUUUUAGUUAAAUAUAAGCCUUUUGAGGAGAAAGGCUUUUAUGCAUCUCAGUUAAACAUGUGCAUUGGUAGUUUCAAAUUUGCAAAUUAGAAGUUGAAGAUAGUUUUAUACCUCACUUUUUAGGAGGUUGUGCUCAAAAGUAAAAUCUGUCUCAGAAUCUUCCAGGACAUUUAAAGACUCGUGUUGAUAGCAUGGAGGAGAAGGAAGGAAACCUCAACUUUCUGCUCACUCGUAGGUCCAUUUGUCAUCCAGCUGUCAUCCAAAUGUCAUACUGACGGGAAAGAACUUAAGUGUUUUUUGCUCAGAUAAGAAGUCUGAGAUUAAAAUAUUUCAUAGUCUCUCUCCACAUUUCAAAAAGUUACUCUCAUCACUGCAAAGGGUCUGUCUGAAGGCCUCAGUUUCUGGGCAGCCCAGGAACAGAUCUAAAAUGGAAGCAUGGCCCAGUCCUUUAAUGAGGAUACAAAUGGAGUUUGUGGAGUUAAGUUAGAAGACGGCUUUGAUGCCUCCACUCUCUCCGUUAUUGUCUAGCUCCGUGACAUUAUGACAGGUUAACCAUUUGUAAUUCCUUGGUAAUUUCUUGGUUAAAUAUUAAGAAAUAUAAAUUCACAGCAAAGGUUAAACAUUAUUUGGUUUCAUCCAUUGUCUCUUAUUUCAGGACCAAGCAGGAAACUGCAGUAGUUUAUGAAGGAUUCUAAUUUGGGGUUCAGGAAAUAGCCUCUCAACGCUACUAAUUCAGAUCUCUCCCAGAGAGCUACUAGAUUUCAUCAUAAUUGACAGACAUUAGUGACCACCUCCUUGGGUGGCUUGCUUUUAGAAAUGGCUGUUGUCAUAUUUUCUGGACUUUGCUGGCUGAAGGCACAACAAAUCCCUGCCCGGGUUUUUGAAAUACUUCUGUUACCUCGCUGCUACUUUUCUGCCAGGGAUAAAUGUUUUGAGGUGGCCAGACCCAGAACCUCCUUACAAGGAUUCCUGUUACAGUGCUAGCAUAUACACUGCUCAUUUCUCCUAUUCUUGUGUGCUUUCUUCUUUAUUAAGAUUAUUUUAUGUUAAGAAAAUAAGUGACAUUUAAAAGUCCAAAGAGGAGUGAUCACAGUUGUGUAAGGGGUGAUUUCCCACUUGAACUCUGAUGUCAGUAGAUUCUGUAGGUCAGGCCUACAAUGGUCUGUUUGGUUUGAUGUUUUGGUAGUUUAAUUAGAGGGUGGGGAAUAGUAUAGGACCUAAUUCCCUGUGCAGAUAUUUCUAUUCCAGAAGUACAUGUUGAUAUCUGUGAGCAAGAAACGGCAUAGCAGCUCUUGGUUUUAAGUUUGCCGUACCUUUUUCUUCAUGUUUGUUUUAAGCUCAGGUAAAAGUAAUCUCCUCCUUCUAUGACUCCAGUUUCCAUUCAGGGUAUAAUAUUAUUCAGUAAUUGAUUUUCUUUUUAAUCUGGGCAAUAAAUUGAUGUUUCCAGAUGGUAGCAUGGGGGAGGGGGUUGUAUGAUUAGCACGUUCUACCCUAAAAAUGUUUUAGUAGCUCAGCAGGUGUAAAGUGAGGUUUAACAACUUUCAUGGAAAUUCCAGAUUGACAUUUCAUGGGAAAAAAUAGGCCCUUGUUCUGAUGGAUGUGGACAAAGAAGGCUAUAAAUUAAUGUGCAACUUAUAACAUUCCAGAGGUUAAAAAUAACUGAUGUAGGUGUACCUCUUCAGUGUGACUCUUCAGAUAACACUUUUACCUUUGGCAUAGUUCUGCUGUCAGCAAAAUGUACGGUGGUGUGUGUGUUGGGGUGGCCUUCCUGUUGCUUCAGUUUGCUCUAAUUUCUGACAACUCUUUGUAAUUCUAAUGGCUUUGAUAAGUCAGUGAACAACCAUGUUGAAUGCAUUUAUGAUCUGGGAGACUUUGUGGUCCCCCAGGGAAGGAGGGAUGGAUUUAGGACUGUGCUGCUCCCAAAGGCAUGAAACCCCAGUGUGUACGGCACAGAGUGUGGGGUACACGUACCUCGUCAGGUGCUGACUCCUUCUGCUCAAAACCACAUCUACCUAAAAAGGGAGUGUGGUGAGGACCCUUGGACCUUUCACUAGUGUGGGUUUGAGUUCAUGGUCACUAAGUUCUCUCAACUGCCUUUGUAAAAGUCACGUUGAGUACAGUAAUGCCAGAGGAGCAUAUUUAGUCCCUAAUAAUAAUCUUUAGUAGUCCACUUGAUAAAUUUGCUAACAGAACCUUUGGGGGGAAGCCAGGACCACUUUGGUCUUUGGCUUAAACAGUUUAGUUGCUGCAUGUGACAGGUGCACCAGGGUGUGGAUGAGUGUGACAUUUGUUGACAAGGAAAGCGUUACCCAGGGGACAGAGGCAGGUAGCCCCUCGUAGUCCCUUCUCACAUUUGGGGGAUAGGGGCUCUCUCCCCCUCUCUGACUGGGAGCACUGAGGACAGAGAGGAGGGCUUUUGCCUUUUCCUGUUCAGCCGGCUCUCUUUUGUCCAGUGCUUCCUUCUAAGACCCCCUCCUGUCCGUUGGCCCUUUGACCUGGAUAGUUACAUGGUGGUUUGACCCCCUCCUGUCCUGGCAAUAUAUACACAACAUGCAUGCAUGCUGUCCUCCAUUUCCAGGUCUUCAGGUCCCCUGAGGCCGCCCAUUCUCCUCUGGACUCAUUUAUAAAAACAAAACACCUACAUCUUUGGCCAGUAAUGUCAGUUCCCUGCAGGUUGUGUGUGUGAGGCCUUCAUGAGUGGUUACUUCCUGUAUACACUGAGGAAGCAUUUGUCAGACUCUGCAGAGUGAUUUUUAGAGAAGCAGUGUCUUCAAGAGUAUUUAUUUAUAUUGGAAGGUGGAAUUUUACCCAAAGAAAGUGGGAGUCAGCCUUGCUCAAAGACAUGUAGAUGGUAAAAAAUGUAUCGGAGGUAAUUUGACACUCCUGCUGGUAGUUCUCCAUUCAGCAUUUUAAAACCUGUUCAGGUUAUAUCUUCCUAAAAAGAAUUGAUUUAUAUGUUUACAUGAAAUGGUAAGUUGCGUUAGGUGGUCUGUUUUAGGGAUUUCCAUGACAGCCUCUUUUCCCGAGAUGGAGAGAUUGGAGGUAAUCCACCCGUUCAAUGUGGAAUCAAACUGUGGGUUCUCAGUAGCUAAAGAAGCCAUGUACUGUAUAGUGUUUUUCUCGGAGUAUCAACUCAUGUUUUUCAGAUGCUUUUCUUUUUUUAAUGGUGAGGGAAAGGUAUAAUUUGGGAUUCCACAGUGCCUUGCAUACAGUAGGCGCCCAAUAAAUAUUUGUUGAAGCAAACCAAGUUUCCCAAGUCCUUGUCUCUUGCAGUGACCAAGAACAUCUUUCUCCUCUGAAGGGCUUGGCAGUUGUGGCUAAAAAAUAAGCAGUAUCAUUAUUUGCUUGAAAUCAUAUACACGAUUUGUAUGAAUUUUGGUAUGUUGCCAAGACAUGAUCUUUUUCUUAUUGUAUUUUCUGUAAAUAUUUCUGGCACUGAACUGUAAAGUAAAGGCGAAAUGUAAAUAUGAAGGUGUCCUGUGUACCCUCGCCUCCUGUGUUUCCUCUUCGUCAGUUAGGGAAGAAGGCCCAGAGGCUUGUUUGUAUUUAUGCAGCCCCUUUGUCCAGAAGAAACCCAUGGAAUAUUGAAUGUAAUACAUUUAGUCAAUUAAAUUUUAAGGAGAUUCUUA